AUGACGAUGAUGGUGGAUAACUUCGAAUGUGCUGGAUACACGUUCUACUCGAAGUUCGAUUCCGGUAACCUGGGCAAGGUUGAGCUGGUACGAUGCUGUGAAGGACUCGGCAUCGUUGGCAACACGGUGUCGAAUGUUAUAGGUGCGGCAGGUGGUUCGUCUUCUGUAGGAGGAGGAGGAGGAGGGAGUAGCGCUCCCAUUAUCGGUUCGGGAUGCAGUAUCGUUCAAGCCACCGGCAUUACCAGCGCUUCCGCCAUAGUGGCAGCAACACUUGGGAUAGGUUUGGGACAACAGCAGCAACACCAUGGACCGAUUUCCUCGACGGUUGGAAGUGGCAACGGUAGCUCAACCACUGCAGUCGGUGCCACUAGCACCCUUGGUUUACCAAUUCCCUCACCUACGCCACAUGCAACUGAAAACCCCCUGGUGGAGGUAGAGUUCAAUCUGUGGACAAGACCGGACUGUGGUGGCACGCCAUAUGAAAACCAGAAUCGCACCUGGUUUCAUUUCGCCGUGACGGGCGGACGGCCAAACCAGAUCGUUAAGUUCAACGUAAUGAAUCUGAACAAGCAAGCCAAACUGUUCAGCCAGGGAAUGCAUCCAGUCACGAAGGUUGGCCCCAAUGGGCGUUGGGAGCGGAUCAAAGAUAAACCAUCCUAUUCGAUCACGAACGAUGUGUUUUUCAUUUCCUUCCUGCACAAAGUGCCAGAGGUGGGCGGUGAUCAGACACGAAUCUAUUACGCGUUUACGUUUCCCUUCACGUACACCGAGCUGCUCGACCAGUUGGCCUCGUUCGACCGAAAGUUUGGACGGCACCCGUUCGAGUUGAACAAAAUGGCGUACGAAAUAUCGCAAAAAUACGAUUCACUCCCGGCAACCGCCGCGGAGGAAUCGAAGAACAUAUCCAACCUUGCACCCCACCGUCGGAAAGGGAAGCUUUCGAAGAUGGAACGCGUUGAUCGAACUAGCCCAGAAUCGUUUGAUGAGACGGCACGCGAUGGCGUUGGUCAGACCGUACCGACCAAAGAAGCCUUGUUGUCGGAAGCGAACAAAUCCCUGCAAACCGUGCUCGGACCAGGAACCGGUGGAAUGAUAAUAGACGAAAAUACCUCCGAAUCGAUGCAACAGAUUACACAUCUUGUAAAUAAGGUGAAAAUAGAGUUACCGUCUAGUGCCGCUGCCGGUAGUGGUGAAACGAAACAACCCGCACAAGCGUCCUCAGUGACGUGCACAACGAAGACGAAGUUACCCUCGUUUCAUCACCAGCUGAAUGUGGCAUCGAUCACCCCGAAUCUCUCAGAGGAGGAUUUGAAGACGGAUCCACGGGAUGAAAUCUACUACUGCCGAGAGCUGCUAACGCACUCGAUCGAACGUCGCCGGAUCGAACUGCUUACGAUAAGCUCCUUUCACAAGAUCCAAACGGCCCGGGAGGUACGACUGCGCAAUCUGUUUCCAGACGACGAGGCUCAACGUUGCCAUACGUUUAAGGAUAAGAAAAUUGUUUUCAUCUCGUCACGCGUGCAUCCGGGCGAAACGCCGGCCAGUUUCGUGCUGAACGGGUUUCUCAGCAUGUUGCUCGAUCGGAAAAGUGUUGUCGCGCAAACGCUACGUAGGAUGUACGUGUUUAAGAUUAUACCAUUUUUGAACCCGGACGGAGUGUACAAUGGUUUAUAUCGUUCGGAUACGCGAGGUCACAAUCUCAACCGAGUGUACAUAAGCCCGUGCCACGAGACGCAACCAGCGAUUUUUGCAGCCAGGAAAUUAAUUCGGUACUACCACCUCGGCGUAGAUGAAGUGGAACCAUACGAAUUGGAAAAGGAAGCAGCACAAACUGCUGCAUCCAUUGAAGUAAAGGACAUCGUCGUUGAUCCUACAGCAGUAACAUCCCCCGCAGAAGGCUCCACUUCAACGGAUGUAACGGGUGGCAAUGUUAAUGUGGAACUUAAAAAAGUGGAAGGAAUGACUCGAAAGCGACGUACUCCGUCUCUCUCCAGCACACCGUCCGUAAGCGUGUCUAGCGAGAGAAGAUCUGUGAUCGCUUUUGUAACGCCUGCCGAACCAACGGCCAACUUGUCGAACCGAUCGAAACCUAUAACAUCAUCGUGGUCGGAUAAGAUUUUCGGCAAAAUUCUACGCCGUCGUCGCACAAAGUCUGUAGCGUCCGAACAUUCUGCCGAGAGUCUUCCGCUUGCUGCUGGGAAGUUGUCCCCAAUAGCGCAGGCCCUUCCGAAGCCCACUUUACUGUUGCCUGCGGUUGAGGAAGAAACAGUGACGGUGAAGGAACUAGUAGUCACGUCGUCGACAUCACCGGUCUUGUCAUCUUCGGCGGGUCUUAUUAAUGCCAACGCGGCAACCGCUUCUAACGCAUCGUCACCACUCACCGAUGAAUCGGAUUCAGUCGAACAAGAUACACCGGCGGCGUCUGAUUCCGGGUACAGCGAGGCAAGUUCUACAUCGUCUUCGUUGACUUCGAAGGUUACGUCAACCUCGCUGCCCACCCAAUCAUCGGCCGAUUCAAGCGUUUGUCCUCCAGGGGAAGAAACCACGCCGGUCGUGGUUCUGGACGCAUCACCUCCCACCGUAGUGCAACCACCAUCUCUCGUUGCGGCUGCUACGACUGCAGCACAAGUUUUCACCGAAAAACUCAUUCCGGAGCUAAAUCCUAUCCUCAGCGAAGGGGGUAGCACCAACCCUGGGCAUGCGUCAGUUCGUGCCGGAGCACCCGCUAGCGGUCGUAGUGCUUCCAGUUUGAGCUUAAAAAAAUCAAUUCACUCGGUAGGGGCCAGGAUCGAUACGGGGAAAGGAAGCAUUGGUAAAGGUGCGCAUCACAAGCAACAUGUAUUGAACAAGCCACAGUUUCUUGGUGCUACACCAGGCACACUAAAGUUCAAGGAGUUUCUGGUCCAUCCACACCACCAUCACCACCAUCAUCACCAUCACCAUCACCACCAUCAUCAUCUGGCGGGUGGAGGAACGGCACCGGGUGGAGUGUCAAGUGGUGGCACCGUACAAGGACAGGUCGUCACCACGCUGCACGGUGGCAAAUUGGCGCUUGGUUCAUUCAAAAAAGGUACCGGAAGUGGAAAGCAGCAAACAACAUCUUCCGCAACAUCUUCCUUGAUUGGUGUGAGUGGAAUAGUAGGAGGUCGAGCUUCGGGUGGUGGAAGUGUCCUUGGCGAAACUGGCACUGCUCCGGGUGGAAAAAAUCGUCCCCAGACGCCUCAAACAAACGCCGCCCAGUUUAGCCAUUAUCGAUCGCAUCGUAACGAAUACCUGAAUCCAGUAAUUGGAGCAGGUGGAAUUGGCGGUGGUGCUCGAAGCUUGAACAUUAGUAUGGAUUUUCUGGCCCAGCUGGACGAACGACACGACCGGGUGGUGUAUGAGGAUCGAAGCAAUCUGUUCAUGUACAUAGAUUUGCAUGGACAUGCCUCAAAGAAGGGCGUCUUUAUGUACGGUAACCAUUUGCCCAACACGAUCGAAGCCGUCGAGUGUAUGCUAUUGCCACGGUUAAUGAGCCUCAAUUCGCAGCACUUCCACUUUGAUGCGUGCAACUUCAGCGAGCGGAACAUGUACUACAAAGGGAAACGAGAUGGGCUAUCCAAGGAAGGUUCUGGUCGUGUAGCCGUCUACAAGACGACCGGAUUGAUUAAGAGUUACACACUCGAAUGCAACUACAAUACUGGCAAAUGUGUUAAUAUACUACCACCCAGGGGCAAGGAGAUUGUUGCUAAAACAACGCACACGCUGGUACCUCCCAAGUACACACCGGCCGUAUUCGAGGAGGUUGGCAAAGCUCUCGGACCGUCGAUAUUGGAUCUGACCAACUCGAACCCAUUGUCGCGAUUACCAAAUUGCGAGUUUCGCACGCUGCAGGGUCUACGGAAUGCACUACGAAUCGAAAUCGAACGCGGUUCAUCGAAGGCACGCGUCACUAACAAGACCCAGAAGUCUCACACGAAGCGGCUCGCCAAUCAGCUGUCUUGUUCGAUAGACGUUGCUAAGGAAAACGCUAUCCAGUGGGAUCACACCCUUGGCACAACGGUCGGGCUCGGUUCCGGGGGCCAACCCGGUGCCACCGUCACAACCAUGGCCGGCGGUGCGAAUGUGUGUAAAAUUGUAGGCGACUCUGAUUCGACGACUCUUCUACUAACGAGCUCGGGCGGUAGCAGUGGUAAUGGGAACAACACUACUAGCCAUUCCGUUGUGCCCGGUAUGGCUGGCCCUGGGGCUGGAUCUAGCGGACGGCAGGUGCUGAAAACAACGGGUUCCGGAUCCGUCACGCUGAAAACGUCCCAUGGUCCCGCUGGUGGCAAGAUGUCACGCAAAGUGGGUAGCUUUGGAAAGUCGAAGAAAGCGAAGGUGCUGUGCGAUGUUGGUGGGGGAGUUACCGGUACAUCGGGGAUAGGUACCGGCAGUGGCAAGAAAAUCCAGGAGCUUAUGCUUCGUAGCACGAAGGAACAAGUGCCUCGCAAAAAGAUCAAAGUUUCACCGCAGCAUCCGGGUAUCGGUGGGCCUGGUAGUGGUCCCGGUGUAGAUCGAACGGCGGCAUUGGAGCUGUGCUUUAAGGGCGGCCUUGGUUCGGGUUCGUUACCCAACUUUUUAGCCGUUGUGCCAGGUACCCUUUCGGAUCUUCCGUCACUGGCCCCGGGGAAGAAAGUCAAGUCGGAAAGCAAGCUGCUGGAUGUUAACAGCCUGAUGCAGUGCGACGAUAGCUUCGAUGCGGCACCCUGUUGCUCCUACACCACCGUUCCACUGGCAGCGGGCACGAUCGUUACCACAACCGGUGGAAUUACGAAGUUUAUCUCGACGUACACACAGGCAACGACCGAUCUGCACACCGGUACGGUGCUUAGUGCCAGUGCGGAAGAGCUGAUCACACUCGGUUGUAGUGACGUCGUUACGUCCGCCGUCUGUCCAGGAUCAUCUCUCGAGGGUGGAGCUGCUGGUGGAGGUAGCAUCGCGAGUGGAAGUGGUAGCAGCAGCGGUGAGACGAAGAGUGGCAAAUUUGGUAAGAAUUCGCUCAAACCCAAGCAGACGAAACUAGCCAAAUCGACCAAGUCGGGCAACGAUGUCACCGGGAAAAAGUUGCUAAAGAAGAAGCGUUCGCUCAAGACAGAUUCGAGUUUAAAGCGAAAGAAAACACGUGUUAAACCGGCACUGACCUAG